AUGAGCUAUGGGGAAGGUGUCAGUUGUGGUUGUGCAACCGGCUUUAGCAUCUAUCGUCCAAAUAUUGAACUCCCCCUAGACGAGCUUCUAGGCGAUGAGUACGAUGGCGAAGACGACCUAAUGGCCGAUGCUCCCAUUGAGCAACCAGAUGAUACCAAAGAAGACGGAAACGAAGAAGACCCUACAUCCAACCAGCUGACCCCACAUCCAACCAGAACGAGGACUGGUAAAGUUGGACAGCAUGCUUCUCGACACAAACUGUCCGGCGUGCCUCUGCCUGUCAUUGUCCGCUCUCAUACACAGUGCAACUGCGACUGGAGGGGACCACAGAUCACAACACACGACACAUUUAGCAGGUACUGUCGUGGCCAGGGUGGUAACACGAUGGUGGUUUCGACCUCGAUUGGGUGCUCGUACAAUGUUCCUGGCGAGAGUAUAUCACUGUCAGACACGACUCUGUCAGAGGAAUUGUCAGAGGAAAGGCUGAUAGCAUCAACGGAUGGCUCAGAUGAGGAAGGUGUCUCUCGUUCUGUCGAAGACAUAUCAGUCCAUCUAGAACUCAAACAGAACGCGCUGGUAGAGGAAGUUGAAGUCAGGGACUGGGGUUUCCCAGCGCCGCUACCCUCAGAAGCAUCGUAUACUGCAUCAGUCAGAAGUCCACCAUCAGCUCGAGCUAUCGAAAAAUUAUCAAAACCACUUUGCGAUCUAAAGAAAGAUACGCACUGGAGCGACGCCAUCUUCAAUUUCCAGCGCAAAACACUCAAUAAACUUCCGUCAUUUUCGCCCAAGCAAAGUGAACAGCGUGAAGUUCUGGCCAUUUUGGUCGCGCCCCAUGUUGUAUGCACGGUGCUGCCGGAUAGGGUAUCCUUGAACCAAAUAACUGAUUGCGUCACUGGGAUGGUCAUGAUAGUCCCAAUGCCUGAUCAUACCUCUCAAUUUGUGCACUAA